AAGACGCCAUCAUCUGGUUAUGUGUCCCUUGUUUUCCCCUCCUCUGUUCAUGCAACGGUAUCAAUUUGUGGUUGAUUUUGUACAACAACACGUACCAAAGAAGGUUCUGGACCUGGGAUGUGCAGACUGCAGGCUUCUGGAGAAGUUGAAAUACCAUGGCAAUGGGGUUGAGUUGCUUGCCGGAGUGGACAAGGAGAGCUCAGCCAUGCGAACAAGAAUGCACUCCUUUGCUCCUUUGUCGAGUGACUACCUGCAGCCCAGAACUGGACCUCUGGCAAUCGAGCUUUAUGAGGGCUCUGUGACCCAACCAGACCCCAGCACCCUUGGCUUCGAUCUUGUGACUUGUAUAGAACUCAUCGAACACUUGCACCUAGAAGAAGUGGAGAUGUUUUCAGAAGUGCUCUUUGGGUUCAUGGCACCCAGUGCAGUGAUAGUCAGCACUCCUAAUGCUGACUUCAACCCUCUGCUGCCUGGUCUGGUGGGCUUCAGACAUCCUGACCACAAGUUUGAGUGGAGCAGAGAGCAGUUCCAGCUCUGGGCGUUGAGGCAGUGUGAGAUCUUCGGCUACACCGUGAACUUUACCGGUGUUGGAGUACUUGCUGAGUCCAACACAGAUGUUGGAUUCUGCUCCCAGAUUGCUGUGUUCAAUCAAGCUCCCUCGCUUCAGAAUUCAGCUGUGCAUCAUUCAAGAGAGGAGCCAACUGUCUACAGGCUGCUGUACUCCGUGGUCUACCCUAGCCUGAGUGAUAACAACAUCCUGCAGAAGACGCUGGUGAAUGAGGUGCUGUGCAGGGCCGAGCUGGUCAAGCGAUCGUGGCUGAGUGGGGAGUGGGUUGCCAAGACGGCACCGGAGCCGUACAUGAGCGGGAGCUCCGUGUGUGUGUCCCUGCUGGAUGUGUGGUCCUGUCCCAGAGUGAGGUCUCUGUGCGGGACUUUGCGGAGGUUCACCGAAGCCCUGGUGGGUGAACCGCAAGUGGUUCUGACCCCUGCCCGAGAGGCCAUCAUCGUACCAGCAGAUGAUGAGGAAGAAGAUGAUGAUAAUGAGGAGGAGGAGGAGGAUGAAGACAGACAAGGUACAGAGACAAGGUGGACAACUUCCGUCACCACGGAAGACUGGGAUGUGGAAAUUCCACACAAUUUAAACUCAAAUUUGCAUGGUGCAAGGUAUGGUUGAAUGUGCACAUAAAUUCACAAAUAUAAAGCUUAGUUGAUGUUCAUUCCAACCUGUUCUGGCUGUGAUUUGGCAAUGGAAUACACGGGACAGGAUCUCCACAUUUUCUAAUUUUGUGUAAUUGCUUAAUGAGUCUGUAGCACUUUGAGAAGUCAUAUCUGUUUUCAGUGUAUUUGUACUCACCUAAUUACAUUUGGAGUCUUUCUUUAGUUAAUCAUUUAUGGUCUGUUUUUACUCCCAGAGGGGUGUAUAGAUCGUUUCAGUUGCAAAAAUAAAACCCAAAAGCUUUGGUAUAGAA